GUAGGAUACAGUUUGAUAUGAAGAAUCAAAAUGAAGACAUGGACAAUGUUGAUAUGGAUGAACUGGAUGGGAGGCCACGUAGGCGAGAAAAGACAAAGAAGAAGAUGAUGUUGAAGAAAAGUGGUGAUCAUAAAGUGAUUGUGGAAGUUAAUGAGCUUGGUGUUUUAGCAGGUAAGGGCUGGACGGAACUGUCUAAUUACCUUGGGGUUAUAGUCAGGGACCAUGUGCCCAUAGUGUACCAUGACUGGAGAAGAGUCCCGCUUAAGUUGAAAAAUGAUAUGUUGACGCAUAUUCAGGAUCUGUUUGUGUUGCCUACUAAUUCAGAGAAACAUAUACUCCAAACAAUGGGAGCUGCACAUAAAAAUUUUAGGUGCACUUUGUACACUGAAUUCAUUGCACAACACAUGGAUGAGCCCGAGAAGUUAAGCUUACCUCCAAAUGAAU